AUGUCAAUUAUUCACCCAGUCCAAUCCGUCGUUUCUAGUGAAAAUGAGCAAGUCAUUUACACUGUAGUGAAGAAUAUGCUUCUAGCUUAUAAGAAGAGUGAAGCCAAAGAUUCAUCAUAUCAAUUAGUCGGGAAGUGGAUUGAUGACACUGCAAUUGGUGGAGACAAUCAAGAGGGCACAAAUAAUGAAGGCAUAAAGAAAGCUAAAUCUAACGAAGGUACUGCCGUUUCAAAAAAUGGACAGGGCUCUAACAUGUCGACUCCAUCAACUCACGCUUACAUUAGAAAUUUAACCCUCUCCAAAAAUGAAGAUAGGUUAUUUGCAUGUACUGAUUCUGAUAAGGCCAUUAUUAUCCUUGAUAUUGAUUUUGAAAACAUGGAGAAUUGUUUGAAUUUGGUUAAAAGACAAAGGUUCCCAAAGAGACCUAAUGCCAUUGCCAUAAGUAAUGACGAAAAAACUAUAAUGAUUGCUGAUAAAUUUGGUGAUGUCUACUCAAUGGAUGUUGAUGCCCCAGUAGUGGAAAAAAUAAAUGAUGAAGUUGAACCUAUUUUAGGCCACGUUUCCAUGCUUACAGACAUAUUAUUCAAGGAAUCAAAGAAUGGCAAAAGAUUUAUCAUCACAGCCGAUAGAGACGAGCACAUCAAGAUCUCUCAUUUCCCACAAAGUUUUAUAGUUGACAAAUGGCUAUUUGGCCACAAAGAAUUCGUGUCAUCUAUAAAUGCACCACAAUGGAAGUGUAAUUUGCUUCUCAGUGCUGGCGGUGAUGAUUCUGUCUUCUUUUGGGAUUGGGAAUCAGGUAAGUUGCUAUCUGAAUUUAACUAUGCAGAAUUAGUAAAACCAUAUUUAACGGAACAGCACGCGGCACCAUCCAGAUUUCAAAACGAAGCAAAUGAUGUUGUUGAAUAUGCUGUUUCUAAAGUAGUUUCUUUGGAAAAUUUACCAUAUGUGGCAUUUUUCAUUGAAGCCACUAACGUUCUGUUUAUAUUGAGCGCUGACCUUGAAAAUAAUACUUUAACGUUGAAGGCAAAGAUUGAUUUACCAGGUAACGUCGUGUCUUUAUCUGCCUGCAAGGACGCUUUUAUUUUAUCAUUAGAUAAUCGUGACUUAGGUAAUAGCAAUUUCGUGAAGUUUAUAAAGUUCAACAAUGAAACUAAUGACUUUAGUAUAGAUGAACCUUUAUCAUCUCAACUAGAUAGUGUUUUGGUCGACUCCCUUAAAACCAAUGACAGUGCCACGGUUGAGUCAAAUGAAAUUUAUCCUCUAUACAAUGUCACCUCUUUAAAGAAGCACGGUGAACAUUACUCAUAA